ACCAGAAUCUGUAUUUAACCCAUUUUAUCUGACUUACUGCUCUUACUGUGAGCGCGGCAAUAUAGUCAAUAACUAUAUUUCUGAAAGUAGUCAUAGGUACAGAAUUACCCGCCAAAAAAAAAAAAAACACCGUUAAACCAAUAACUUCUUUUACUUAACUUGGCCUAAUAGUAAUUUUUUGUGAUAAUUUUGCAGCUGCCUCUAUUUCUAGAUUGCAUUUUUUCAAUUUUACUUUGACCCAAUCUUUCACUUUGGAUACUACCCAACGGCUGCGACAUCCCGUCAGAGGGUUGUCAGGCGAGGGCUCUAACCCGGCGGGGGGCAGUCGACCUUCGCGGGCCCCACGACGAGCCGAGAGAUGCUCGUGGUCCCUCAGCAAUCGUGGGAACCCCUCGAGGCGUUCAGACUCGUCUUUCUACCGGCUAGGAGCCCUAUAUCUUCUGAUCAGUUCUGGCGUUAUAAUAGGAAACGUCCCCAAUGCGGGCUCCAAGGAGGGUGGAACGCUCAGAAGAUGAAUUAAAAUGGAAAUCCAAUAUGGCUUCCACGAGUUUGUUGUGUACCAACGACUGUGCUGCGGAUAACGCGCCGGUCAUGGCUGCGGAUGACGCGCCGAACGCAAAGGCUGCGCUCUCUAGCGCGCCUAACGCAAAUUCUGCGUCUAACGCGCCGAACCAAAAGGCAGCGCCAAGCGCGCCUUCAAACUUAGCUACGUCCACCUGGAACGACUCGGUGGUACGUCUCCCGAAAGGGAACGAAGCCAAGACGCUUACCAGAAAAGCCAGACGCGCUAUAGCGCGGGCUGAAGCCAGGCGAGCCGCGAAGGGCGAUUUGGCGAGUAAGCAGCCAGCGAAGCUGACAAAGAAACAGAAAAAGGCUUUAAAGCAAGCGGCUGCUGAAAAGUUGAACACUUGCGUUGCCCAAGAGGCCCAACACGCGAACACGUCGACAGCUGCCAACGAAGCAACCAGCUUUGACUGUCUAGCUGCUACCGCAAAUGCAGCAGCAACAGACGCCACAGCCACGGCAUCUGAAACUCCCUCGGAACCUAAACGUUCCCGACCGAGGGGCAAAAGGGCAGGAAAAAGACACUCCAAUAAUAAAUCUGAUACAGCCAAUCCUGUGAUCAAACAUACCACAGAUAUAUUAUCUCAGAAGCACAACCGCGCUGAUUCUCCUUCAGCCGAAGGCUUGAACAGUGAAUCGCGCACCAUCGAGUUACAAGUAGCAGUAAUCACAGAGCCUUACAAACCACUCAAUUCCAAACAAGCAGAUUGCAUACAACAGGCCAUAGACCAGCAAUUAAUGGAAGAAAUUUUGGCACCUGGCAGACAUAUUGUCGCCGCCUUCAGAGGAAAACCUUUCUAUAGCGAGGGCGGUUUGAAAAUGUGGUGCGAAGAUGACUACGCUUUAGAGUGGCUUCGUCGAACGGUUAGAAACAUGCCAUCCCCGCGGGAAGGAACUCACCUUAUCGUGGUACGACAGAGCGAGAUACCACGCAGAGUCAAAUCAGCACUAUUGGUGCCGGACGUAGACACUUCACAGUCUGGAGAGGUAGAUAGAGUGCGCAAGAUCUUGGCGGCUCAAAACCCAUGGUAUAAUGUCAACUCUUGGACGCUUUACCACGCUGAGGAACAGGGGCGUAAUCCGACUCGACUGUUCCUAGUAUUAGGCAUUCUUCCAGAAGACGUAGAAGUUCUUGUGAAGAGAGAAAGAAGAGUAGCAUGGAGGACGGGGUCGAUUUAUAUCAAGUUUUUUAACGAAACUCUUGGCAGUGGGUUGCACAAUGAACCACCGAAAUGGAUUCUUGAAAGGGCAACGAAAAGACCAAAUACUGAAGCGUGCCACUACAAACCAACUCGAGAAUUCUACAACCCAAAUACAGAAUCAAGGCCAACAAAUACAAAUCUUUUACAACCUAGCUACAACCUAAGUCAAGAAUCAAAGUCAUCGUAUAGCCCAAACAUCUGCAACCCAACUCAAGAAUCAAGAUUAUCACAUAGCCCAAACUCCUCCAACCCCACUCAUGAAUCAUUGACAUUGAAAAGCCAAGCUCCUAGCUACAAUAUACCUUCAGAUUUUAGAUCAUCGUAUAGCCCACACAUCUACAAACCAACUCAAGAAUAUAGAUUAUCACAUAGCCCAAACUCCUACAACCCCAUUCAUGAAUCAAUGACAUUGAAAAGCCAAGCUCCUAGCUACAAUAUACCUUCAGAAUCAAGAUCUUCGCAACGCCCAAUCUCUAGAGGUUCUGAUAGCUACAACCCUACUCAAGAAUUAAGAUCAACAAGUCCUCUACAACCUAGCUACAACCCCACUCAAGAAACAAGAUCUUCGCACAGCCCAAUAUCUAGGGAUUCUGAUUGCUACAACCCUCCAGAAUCAAGAUCAACAAGAACAAAUCUUUUACAACCUGGCUGCAACCCUACUCAAGAAUCGAGAUUUUCGCACAGUCCUAUCUUUAAAGGUUUUGAUAGCUGCAACCGAACCCCAAAUCUUUUAGAACCUAGCUACAACCCCACUCAAGAAUCGAGAUCUUCGCACAGUCCAAUCUUUAAAGGUUUUGAUAGCUACAACCGAACCCAAGAAUCAAUGUCAACAAGAACAAAUCUUUUACAACCCAGCUACAACCCCACUCGAGAAUUUCAUUCAUCGCGCCCAAUCUCCAGCGGUUCUGAUAGCUACAACCAUCCAGAAUCAAAAAUACAGACGAAACUAAGACAGAUAGCUGCCAAUGAUGCGCAAAUUGCUCCUAAGAUGCAAAGCCAAAACAUAUUUCAGGCUAAAAACCGAUCACAGAUAGACGUGGAUGCUCUCCGCGGCGAGCACGAGGCAGAUGAGCAAUGGGAAGUGAGAAGACGCUUCAUGAUGCAACAUAAAGACAGAUUCGAGCAAGACGAGCUGGUCACUCUGGCACAAUUGUUUACCAACAUCGAGUUUUUAGGCUGCAAGUACCCACAAGAGACGAUGGCCCGUAUCGCCAAGCUGUCGGAGAGUGUGUCAUCGAAGUACCGGGAGAGCAGGAAGAAUAAACUGAAACGAACCUUCGUACAAGCCAGUGAUGCGGCGGAACAGAAAGCUAAGAGGAGCUAUCACUAGAGAAAUAUUAAGUUAGUUUCUAACUAGUCAAACCUGUUACUUUUUACUAAAAAAAAAUGGAGUUGUUCUUAGAAAAGGUUCAGUACAAUCUACUCUGUACCGACGUGUUUGGUUGAAACUAUUAUAUAAUUAUUCUCAUAUAAACAGUAACGUAAUAUUUGUGCCAAUACCAGUACACAGCAUCUAAUUUAAGUUUUACCUGUCAUUUUCUUACAAAUACUAUCGAUAGUAUUGCUUAUAUCUAUAGCAAGAACUAUCGAUGGUAUUGCUUAUAACUAUUGCAAGAACUAUAGAUAGUAUUGCUUCUAACUAUUGCAAGAACUAUCUAUGGUAUUGCUUCUAACUAUUGCAAGAACUAUCGAUGGUAUUGAUUCUAACUAUUGUAAGAACUAUCGAUAGUAUUGAUUCUAACUAUUGUAAGAACUAUCGAUAGUAUUGAUUCUAACUAUUGCAAGAACUAUCGAUAGUAUUGAUUCUGACUAUUGUAAGAACUAUCGAUAGUAUUGAUUCUAACUAUUGUAAGAACUAUCGAUAGUAUUGCUCGCUCCUGACUAUUGCAAGGACUAUCAAUAAGCAACAGUAGUUCAACCCUAGCGUGACAGUUAGUAAAACAUAUCUUUAGAUUUAAAUAAAAACUUUAUUAAUCACCUUAUGACAAGAUUUUUGUAACUUUUUCUUAUAACUAUAACAUUCUAAGGAGUAAGUCCAUAGAGAAAUACUUUUUUUUCUAUUUUAUAAAAUAAAAACUCAGAAAUACUUUUUUUAUUUUAUAUACUAAAAUCACGCAAGCAGGCCUAGCACGCUAAUGGCAUGAGUAGAGCAAGUAAAGGUCAAAGCGCGAGUUGUCAAAUUUGACAGACGAGUUAAGGUUCCCCGUUCACGUAUCGACUUGCUCGCGACUUGAAUAUGAAAUGUCUCACAAAUGAUGGUAAGAAUUUUGGCAUUCCUUAUGAAAAUAGGCAUUUGUUUUUUCUUAGCUCUUCUAUAAGCAAUAUACAAUAAUAAAAUGUUUCUUUUGGAAUGCGACAUCUUCGAUAGUAUCGAUAGCUUGCGCAAUAUCGAAGAGCGAUAGUAUUGACAGUUUUUUGUUUUUCCACUAUCGAUAGUAUCGAUAGUUUU